AUGUAUGCGAAAAUAGAGGCAGAGAGACUUCUCUACAUUCGGUUGAAUCAGCGGAAACUGAGAGCAGAAGAGUAUAUACAUCUAAGAGAUGCCAUAAUGAAUGACGGUAAUGUGUCUAAUGUAGGUCAAAUGGUUAUUUUGCCUUCGUCAUUCACGGGAGGACCAAGAUAUAUGCAUGAGCGAACUCAAGAUGCUAUGACAUACGUUAGAAAUUACGGAACUCCGGAUCUGUUUAUCACUUUUACGUGUAAUCCGAAAUGGCCAGAAAUUAGUGAUAACAUAUUUGUAGGACAAAAGGUCGAGUAUAGACAAGACAUCAUAGCACGUGUUUUUAAACAAAAAGUCGAUAAGAUGAUUGAUCUUCUAUGCAAGGGACAGAUUUUUGGGAAGACAAGAUGCCACAUGUAUACAGUAGAGUGGCAAAAAAGAGGUUUACCACAUAUACAUAUAUUAGUAUGGUUAGUAACUAAAAUUAGGCCUACAGAGAUAGACGAUUGCAUACGGGCAGAAUUGCCAAAUCCAAAUGAAGAUAGAGAAUUAUACGAGAUCAUCAAAAGAAAUAUGAUACAUGGUCCGUGUGGCAUAUAUAACAGAUCAUCACCGUGUAUGCAAGAUGGUAAGUGUUCUAAAGGGUACCCAAAAAACUUAAUAAUUAACACGCAAACAGGUGAAAAUGGAUUUCCAUUUUACCAGAGAAGGGGAGCAGCUGAAGGAGGAUAUACUGCAACCCUCCACGAAGGAAAAGAAAAUGAAAUAACAGUUGAUAACAGAUGGAUAGUGCCUUAUAAUCCACUAUUAAGUAAGAUUUUUGAUGCACAUAUCAAUGUGGAAUUUUGUAAUUCAAUUAGAUCAAUUAAAUAUGUAUGUAAGUACAUUAAUAAAGGGUCAGAUCAGGCAAUCUUUUCAAUAGAGCAACGUGAUGAGCCAACUUUUUAUCAACAUGGACGCUAUAUCUGCAGUAAUGAAGGAGCAUGGAGAAUUUUUGGAUAUCCGAUUCAUGAAAGAUAUCCAUUGGUUAUGCAUUUAGGGGUUCACCUGGAAAAUGGGCAAAGAAUUUAUUUCACAGAGCAGAAUGCACGCAAUCAAGUUACAAAUGCAAGAAAUUCAACUCUGAUGGCAUUCUUCGAAUUAUGUCGUACAGAUCAAUUUGCAAAGACUAUAUAUUAUGUUGAUGUUCCUAGAUAUUAUACAUGGGAUGUCGCGGGGAAGAGAUUUAAGAGAAGGAUAAGAGGAAAUCCAGUAAAUGGACAUUCAGGAAUUGUAAGUGCAGAUGCAUUGGGUAGAGUAUAUACAGUGCAUCCAAAUAAUUUUGAAUGUUAUUGUGUUAGGUUACUUUUGCACACCGUACGAGGGCCAGAAUCUUUCACUGAUCUACGGACUGUAGAUGGAGUACUCUGCGAAACAUACAGAGAAGCCUGUUUUAAAUUAGGUCUUUUAGAGGAUGAUAAUCACUGGAAUCAGACUUUAACAGAAGCUGAACUUGCAGAUUCCCCAUCGCGACUAAGGUAUUUAUUUACUUUGAUGCUAGCCCAUUGUGGGUUAGCAAAUCCACAACAACUGUGGGAAGGUCACCGAGAAAGCAUGUGUGAAGAUAUAUUAAGAGAGAAGAAUAGAUUGAGUUUCGAUGCAGAGAUUUUCAACAUUGGAUUAAUCAUGAUAGAUAGAUUGCUAAUAUCUAUCGUUGGUAAGAGUGUAGGUGAAUUUGGUUUUAUAAUCAGCGAUAUUCAUAAUAUUAAUUCAUUUGAUGAGCAUUAUAAUUUAGAAGAACUUCGAACAAUAGUGGAAGAAAGAGAACAAAGCUUAACCACUGGCCAGUUGGAGGUAUACAGAGAAAUUAAUCGAGUCAUCCAAGAAGAAAACGGUUCUAUCAUUUUUAUUGAUGCACCGGGUGGAACAGGUAAGACCUAUCUUCUAAAUCUAUUAUUAGCUAAGGUCAGAAGCGAAAAUAAACUAGCUUUAGCAGUUGCAUCUUCUGAAUUGCUGCAACUCUUUUAG